AUGAGUACGAAAAGAGCAAACAUGAUAGAAUACGGAAUUAUGAAAGAAAACACAAGAAAGCUAUUGUCGAAGGACGACAGUGCCGAUCAGACCGUAAAAACGGAAGGUGACUACGACCUGGUGAUGGCGAAGGUAUACAAAGAACAGAAAAUGAAACUCGGAAAAAUUCUUAAUGAUUACGAUCCCUACGCACCGUACAACAUGAAGAGCGGAUUCGAGUACACGAUAACCCUUCCAAAAGCCGACAAGAUUAUGGUUGCACAGGCAAACGAGAAGGUGGAAGGAUAUACACUAAAGAACAUACACCUGGAAUACGAAACCAUAGAGAACGAAGAACUGGCCAAACGAGUAAACGAAGGAUAUGAGACCGGCAGGUCCUUGUCCUACGAACACACAACAUUGCUGAAGACAACCGUCUGGUCGAAGGAUGCUACAAGGUUCAACGAAACCAUAGACGUUCCGAGGGUAAGUGUGAAGGCCAUUGUUCUACUCUUCAGGAAAAGGACAAUAACCGACAGCGAGGAAUACGUCUUCCCAAGCAUCGAAAAGGUAAAGGUUACGAUAGAGGGAAAACCGAAUGUUGUAUAUAGUCAGGGUCUAACAUACGAAAACUUUUACGAUGAGGCGAAAAGACUGUUCGGAAUGGCUAACAACGCCUGCAACGACAACAUAAGCGUUAGAAACACUGGUGAUCGAUCUGAGAGCUGUUGA